AUGCUAAAAAAAACGUUCCACGAAAAUGCUAAUAAAUAUACAAAGGAGAAUAAAGCAAGGUCUAAAUCUAUUUCUUUCUUUUCAUUUUUUAAAAAACGCAAAAAGAGGGAUAGCUUAUAUGAAAGCGUAAUUUCUACAGAUAAUGACUCAUAUGUUGAAAGAUCAAGAGAUGAUAAAAAAAAAGGUGAAGAAAGGAGAGAAGAAAAAGAAGAGGACGAAGAUGAAGAGAAUGAGGAAGAAAAGAAAGAAGAACAAGAAGAACAAGAAGUAGAUGUACGAGGAAGAAAAAAAAAAAAACUGCAGGACGAGCAUGUGUCUGUAGGGAUGAAAAAAAGAGAAAACAAUGAGGUGAUAUCUAAACUUAUAGACAAUUACAGUAGAAGCUGUAGUAACAACAUUAGUAACAUCGAUAGUAAUAAAAGUAGAAAUAACAGUAGUGAUAAAAGUAGAAAUAACAGUAAUAAUGGCAAUUGUAGUAGCGAACACGCGAUGAAUUACCGAGCAUAUAAAAUGGAAAAUUCUAAGGUAAAAAAAAAAAGAGAAAGCUUUUUUCAAAAAAUUAAUAUAUUGCAAAAAUUUAAAAAUAACAAAAUAAAAAAGGCUGCUAGUUCUUUUUUAAACUUACACUCAGAAUAUAUUUCCGCAGAGAAGGGUAAUGAAGAGGUACUAAAAACUAGCUAUAUUGGUAAAAAAGAAAGCAGACAGAAAGGCUUAGAAAUAUUCUAUAGUAUGAAGAAGCUCAAAAGCUACAGCAUAAAAGACGAUUUUAUCACCUUAAAACAUAAAGCACAGCUAUUAAAAAAUAGUAUUUCUUUUAGUAAUAAAAGGAAAGGAUGUAAAGGGAAACUAAGUGCUAAAAGUAAAAAUUGCACUACUGAAGGUACUACUACUAAUGAGUACAACACGAAUGGGUUACCUUCAAAUAAUGUACACUCAAUGAUUACAAAUGUUAAUACUGUAAAAAGUGAUAAGGGAAUUUAUGAUAAAAGGGAAAAUUACAGCCAUUCUGGGAGAAAUCAUCUGCUAGAAACAGAUGGUACAGGAAAGAGAGAUACACGAAAAAUCCAUAGACGUGUGUGCGAUAGGAGUAAAAAGGAUGCCUACCAUAACAAUGGGAAGCACGCGGGGAGGGUCCAAAAGGAGUACGUGUUUGACCAAUUUUCUGAUGUUGAAAUAUGGGUAGAAGACAAUAUAUACAAUAAAGGAACUAAAAUGAAAGACGAGGAUAAUAAAAAUGAACGAAUAUUUAACAGUGAUUGUAAUGUGUCAAAUAUAAAUGAUUAUUUAUACCAUGAUGGUAUAAGGGAUGAAGAUAGUUAUAUCUCUACAAACUCGAAUGAGUAUCAUAAGGUUAUGAAUUCUUCACAAAGGAAAAAUGAUAAUUUAAAUUAUAACAACGAUUUAGUAACAUAUAGAAAGUGUGAAAUGGAGAGGAUGGGGAAAAAGAAAAAAAAGAAGAAAUGGAAAAAAAGGGGAGAAGGCAGGACAAGUAAAGGAAUUGAUGGGAGUGGUACAAGUGAAGGAAGCGAAAGAAGCCCAGAAAGCGGCGGAAGGGAGGAAAAAAUCGAGAGAAAAUAUGAGAGUUCAUUCUCUCCAAAAAAUGAAUAUAAAGAGAUAGCAAAUGCAGUGUGUACCAUUAGUAAUAGUUGGAGCAUUCCCAGUAAUAACGUAGCAUAUAAAAAAGAGGAAGGUACUGAACAUAGUAGUUGUGAUAUGAACAAUAUAAAUAGUGUACAUGAUGAGGAGUCAAAGGAAAACAUACAACGUUGUCAAUACAAAAAUAUUCUUAAAACAUCAGAUAAUCCUAUAUUUACUGUAAAAAAAACAAAUUAUGCGAAUAGUAGAAAAUUAGCAGAAUGUAUGAAUAGUCGGAGAAAUGUGAGUGAAAAGGAAAUCAUAUUAAAACUUAUGUACAACAAUAAUGGGAUAUAUUUCAACCAAGAUGAGCAUAUUGGUAGUACUCCUCAUCUGAAGGGUGCAAAAAAUGCGCAAGUUUUGAGGUCUGACAAAACUGAGAAAAUGAUGUUAAACAAUAAUCAUCUUUGUAAGAUUGUAAACACAAAAGAGAGGAUAAAUUUAAAUAAAGACGUAAUGGAAUUUAAUCGUAAACUAUCUAGAGACUCAAAUAACAGAAUGAAAAACAUAACUUUGAGUAAUAAUGAAGAAGCGCAUGAACACUCAAGUAGUAGAAGGAUAUAUAUAAAUUGUUAUGAAGAUACGAAUAGUGGGCACGUCGCAAAGAAAGAUACAAGUAUGAAUAACGGUGUAGAUAAAUCAAAUACUCAUUUGAGGGAGUAUGAACCUACGCAUCAAAAAUGUGUAAAUAGUAACAGAAGUAGAAGUAAUAGCAAUGAAAACAUUAGAGGAAGCGGAAAUGAUAUGAUUAAUAGUGAAAAGAUAGAGAGGGUAAGAUCCAGUAUCAUUGACAAGUAUUUAAUCAACCCUCUAUAUAAUUUAUUUGCGCAAAGUAAAGAAGUAACAAAUUAUGCAAAUAUUUCAUCUAUGGAAGGAAAUACACCUAAUCAACAUAGGGAUAAGUAUUAUACUAAUGAACUGCAAAAAACGUACAAAACAAUGUAUGACAUAUAUGACGCUCCGAAUAUAGGCUGGUUCGGAUGUAAUAGAAGUUUAAGUAGUAGCUCCAGAAGAACAACUGCAAAUUAUUCGCUUAAUAGAAACACACAUUGCAAUUCAUUAAUUAAGCAGAACUUCAAUUAUGACUUCAUUUCUUGUAUAAGAAAUAAUGCUACUUAUCAGAAGAAAAUAGUUUUGAAAAAUACCAACGAAAAAGCACAAGUUGAUAAGGCGGGAAAAUGUAUGAACAUAAAAUGUUUCAAUAAUCAUUUUUUUCAAGGGGAAAAAGUACCCCAAGAAUUUAUGAACAAAAGCAUAACAAUGAACAACCUCAAUCAUUUAAGUAAGAGAGGGAUGCAAUCUGAGUACUUGGGUUCAUCGCAUCAAUCUGCCCAUUUAAAUAGAGCAUCUGCUUCGAAGGAAAGCAUUUUUCGAACAUGCAUCCAAAGGACACAUGCCAACCUCAUGAACGCAGAUAAGGUCAACUUAUACGGAACUAUAUCAAAAAAAGACGAAGAACCAUUAUUUGGAAAUAAUUUACUCAGAAAUGAUUCGUUCAAGAACAAGUAUAAUAACCAUAAUUUUAGAGAAAGGAUCUAUACAAGCAAUAAGGAUUUGGGAACCGGUAGUCUUAAAAAGGUUAAUAUGAUUAUUAAGAAGAAUGUGAAAGAUCAGUUGACAAAUCCGAGCACAUUUCAUGGCUACAAUUAUAGUAGUAGGAGUGGAAAUUUACAGGUGCAAGACAGUAGAGAAAAUUUUAAUUUCGUCCAUGAUAGUGUUCCUAGUUAUAUAACACAAAACACAAGUAUCAACACAGUUAAAAAAGCUAACAUUGUAGGGACUAAUCAGAUGUAUAUGAAUUGCGCAAAAAUGAAUGGAAUGAAGGAAAGAAAUUUUUCUUCUCAGAAUGUUCAUAAUAAUUUAAUAGGAAAAAAUGAGUUACCUACAGAAUAUAUAAGACCAUCUGAAAAUAAUUUCAUUCCAAAUGAACAUGUUAAUAUUAUUGGAGGUACAAAUUUAAAUAGGGGUAUAUGUCCAGCAUAUGGGGGAUGCCAUAAAAGGGCAUUAUGUUUACAAAAUGGCAGAUCACCAUUAAAUCAUAUGAUGGUUAAGUGUAACCUUUUUCAAUGCAUUAAGUAUGCAAAGGAUAAACAAUACAUGUAUAACAGUACUAAUAAAUGUAAAAAUGAAUACAUGAAAAACAAUUUAAGCAUUCCUUUAAAUUAUCUAAGAAAUAAAAACUUGCAAAAAGUGCACGGGUACGUGUCAAUGCCUCAGGCGUAUGUACGUCUUGCGAGAAGCCAGGGGCAUGUGGACGCUCCUGAUACUCCGUUAAACAUAUGUGGUGAGGGGGAUCAUAGUAAUUAUUACAUCAAUGGUGUAUAUAAUAGCAAUAUAUAUAGAAAUGUGCACAGUGAUGUGUAUAGUGAUUUGCAUAGAGAUGCACAUAAUAGUGCAAACAGUAGUACACAAUAUAAUACUCAUAAUGAAAUACAUGGUGUUGACAAAGUGUAUACUGUCCAACGGGAAGAAGGUGUAAACCGAUUGAGCGUAUCGAGGCUGAGCGCCGAGGGGUUAGGAGCCUACCAAGAUUGCUACACAAGAGACGGUAAGAGAUAUAAAAACGACAUUGACCUUGGCUCUAAUUACCUUUAUAUUAAUAGUAACAAUAGUAGUAAAAAUAGUAGUAACAAUAGUAGUAACUAUAGUAAUAACAAUGAUAGUAAUAAUAAUAGAGAUGGUAAUAGCAAUAGUAAUAAUAGCAAUAGUAACAAUAACAAUGAUAAUAACAACAAUAGUAAUGGCAUUAUUCAUGGUAACUACGGCCGUGAUGAUGCAAAGAGGCGAUGUUACUUAAAUCCUGGUGAUAACAAGUAUAACAUUUCUCAAGAGCAUUUGAGACAGCGUAGUGAAUGUGCUUUAGCUAAUAAUCAUUUCAACGAAAUUUUGAAUACAUCUCUCAGAGCUAAUUCAAUGAAUGAAGAGAUGAUGAGAACAUGCAAAAAUGAAAAAACAUAUUUUCCUGUAAGAGAGAAAAAUCGCAAAGACAUGUUAAAAAAUUAUUUAAUUAACGAGAGCCAUAUUGAACGUUGUACUACCAACAAUAUAAAACAAUUCGCUCUUCAUAAUAAUGAGCAUAACAUCUACAGCAGUUGUAAUAAAUAUUACAAUAAAGAGGAAUCAGGAAAUAUUUGUACCAAUGAUAAUACCUAUGAGAUGGAAGAUUCCCUAUGGGUAGCCAAUAAUUCUACUAUUGAAAAAGAUACACAUAAUUAUGAUCAUCAUAACAAUUAUAUACAUAACUUUGAAGCUAACAACCCAAUUACAGAGGAGUGCAUGUAUUUCAAGUCGGAAGAGAUCUCGCACCUAUUGGCGGAUGGGGGAAAGGACAGUGAAGCGGAAAAUAAAAGGGAUAGUGAAGAGGAAAACGGAAAGGUCAAUGAAGAGGAAAACAGGAAGGCCAGUGAAGAGGAAAACAGGAAGGUCAGUGAAGAGGAAAACAGGAAGGCCAGUGAAGAGGUAAUCAAAAAGGGUCGUAGCGAGAAGAGUAAAAAACAUAGUAAUGCCUCUCACAUUUCGAACGAUAUAUUUGCCGAUUAUCAAAAUAAUGUACGAGAAAGGAGCAGUGCGGCGUACCUAGAAAAUUACAAUGAUAAUUUAUACAAAGGAAACUAUUGCAGUAAGCAAAAUGAGGGGAGCAGCCUGAUGAGGGCAUCGCAAUGCUACCGUGCUAGUUCGAGCAACGCUAUUAUUAUUCGUGGCAACAACAGUAGUCUAAUUAGCAGCAACUUUGACGAUUAUAGUAGUGGUAAUAAUAGUAUGAUGAAGUUUCACAGUUGCACUCAGUUGACCACACUUAGGGGAACCUUGAAAAGAGAAAAAAUAUCAAACGGUACAUUUAACACCAAGCGGAAGGGUAAAACGCUUAAAAAGAAGUUGACAAAGAAAGAGGGUAUAGUUAAGGAUAAGAGAAUGAGUAGUAUUGGAAAAGAGAAAAGUAGCUAUGCUAUAAAGAAUAGAAAUUAUUCGAGCGAAAAACAGGAAAAAGUGGAAGUUUUAAAAAAGGCGAGUAUAGUAAUUACAGACGAAAAUUUAAAAACAAAACAAAACAAAACAAAACAAGUGAAAGGAGUGAAAAAAAUAAAAGUUUUAAAAAAGAAAGCUUCAAAAAAUGUAGCUGAAAAGGACAAAAUGUGUCAAGUAAAAAAAAAAAAAAAAAAAAAAAAUAGUAAUAAUAAUCAUGAUAAUGAUAAUAAUAAUAUUAAUAAUAAUAAUAAUGAUAAUUGUGAGGAUACUAUUAUUAAUUACAAAAAAGAAAGUAUAAUGAGUUCAAGCAACUCGAUGUACAUCCUUAACAAAUUAAAAAAUGAAGAGAAAGAUGUUGUUACAAGAAAGAAGAUUGAAAAGGGAUGGGGGAAACGUAACCGAUUUAACAUAGAAAAAGAAGCGUGCUCUAGUACGUGUGUUAAAUGGAAAAGUCGUAAUAUUAAGAGGAACCUUUCUAGCACUUCUAACAAGAUAAAAAGAAAAUGCAGUUAUGAAAAAAGUGGCUCAGGUUUGGGUUCUAGUCCAAGUUCCGGGAAAGCUUUGCAUGAUGAGAACGGAACACCCAUCUUGAGUUGUAAAGUAGAAAAGGAAUAUACAACAGGGAGCGUAAGGAAAGUGCAAAAAAAAAGAAUAGAAGCCAAGGACGGAGAAGGUAAAGAAGUAGGGCGAAAAAACGUAGAACGCAAGGUAGUAUCAUUAGGGAAUUCCUCUAAAGCUCACAUAGGUACAAAUAAAAAAAAAAAAAUAACUAAUAUAUUACAAAUAAGUAAAGAACAAAACCAGGUGUGUGAUAGUAGUAAGCAGAAAGAAGAAUUAUGCCUAAAUAUAAUAAAUCAUAAGGAAGCUAAGUGUAUAGAUAAGGUGUAUUAUAGUCCAUCUUUUUCGAAUAUAAAGGCAUAUAACGGAUCAAGAAUUAUAAGGGGGUCUCCAUCAAAAGAGAGGUCUGCAUUGAUACUUAAGGACUGCAAUAGUAGAAGUAGAAGCAGCAUAAACAAUAAGAACAUACAAUCAGUGGCUAAUAAGGAGGUUACGAGAAGUGCAGGUAGGGAAAAAAAUAACAAAGAACAAGCCGCUUUAAAAAAAAAUGAUGAAAAAAUAUGUUCUUUAAAUAAAAUGGAAAUGCCAAUUAUUCUCGAGUUUGAUCAUUUUCACGAGGACGUUAAAAAAAUGAACCACAUAUUAAGUAACUCAAACAAUAGUAAUUUUUUAAAUCUACUAAAAUUAGAAGAUUUAAUAUCUAUUGAAAAAAAAUUUAUUAACAAUAAUGUGUAUAUUAAUAAGCAUAUAAUAACAUCUAACGCUAAAAGGGGUAAAUCGGACGGACAACGUGGUAGGGGCGGCGCUAGCGGAAGUGACAGUGGAAAUGAUAACCGUAGUAACAAUUGCUGUGAUAGCCGCUGUGAUAACCGCAGUGAUAACCGCAGUGAUAACCGCAGUGAUAACCGCAGUGAUAACCGCUGUGAUAGCCGCUGUGAUAACCGCAGUGAUAACUGCUGUGAUAACCGCUGUGAUAACCGCAGUGAUAGCCGCUGUGAUAACCGCAGUGAUAACUGCUGUGGUAUCGUGUAUGACAGCAAUUUUAGUAUCGUUUAUUUAGAACAAGAUAUGAUAUACUUAAAGAAAAAAUUGCUAAGAACUAUUUUGCGCAUAUUAUUAACUGAUACCUACACAUUCAACGAAAUUAAAAUAACUAUUGUGUUGCUAACUUUUUUUAUUUCCAUAGAAGAUCAUAGAACAAUUUGUGCGAGUUUGUAUCCCUUGUCAUUGAUUAAUAAUUUGAUACAAAAAUUCAAAUUAAAAAUUCAUAAAAAAAUAAAAAGAGAAAAAAAAAGGAGUGAUUUAACCAGUGGUCAAGGUAAUAUUAGUAACCUGUAUUCUCAUACAAAUAUUUCGAAAAACAUACCCUUUAGUUAUCUCUUUAUUUGCGAUGGGAAAAACUACAUAUGCAUUAAUGACAACUCGUUAAGGGGAAAAUCGUAUAAAACCAAAAUAAAGUUAAACAACUUAUUAGGGUAUUACCACUAUAUCAAUUUAAAUCGAUUAACGUACUACCUCGAACGAGCGGGUCACAACGCCAAAAAGUAG